AAUAAUUCUCUUACUGCAUAUAUAUUUACAUAAACUCAUGUAUGCAUGUACAUGUAUAGUGCUCUACAAAUAUGUGUAUGUAAUGUAACUUUUAGGGUUGCAUACUUUUUAUAGUAAAGCCAAAGUGAGAAACAUGAUCAUAGUGAAGUAUACUUAAAGGUGUAUUUUACAGAUCCCUGACCUGUAAGCUGACAUCUUACUCCAUUUCCCAUUCUUUUCCCAUCUGGAGCAUGUCACUUGUUUUUGUUUUGCUUUGCUGUAUAACAAGUAGCAUUUCCUUUAUGUCACUAUAAAAAUUAAAUAAAUAAGCAGUCUCUCUCUCUGUUAUACCUACAGAGACUAUUCUGAAGAGUGUUUCAAAUCUGCCAUUGAGCCAUUAAAUAAUACAGUCCUGAACAACAGUAUAAUUUAGAACGGACAGCCCUUAAGAAACAGCUGUGAUAUUUCCUGUAAAAAAAAUAAAAGGCCAUAGGAAAACAGUGAGUGCGCAGAGAUCAUGAUGCUAGUGUUUUCCAUAUCUUUUUGGCUGGAACUGAAACAGGAAGAUAAAAGCAGCUGUUCUUUCAGGAAGGACAAGGACAGACCCAUAAGGAUAGGUGGCCAACUCGAGUAAUAAAGAGUAGUCCUCAUUCUGCUGGGGAGGCAGCAGUUGACAGGAGAGGAACACUGAGCACCAUGAAGGUGGAGUUGAGUGACAAGAGCAGCAGGAGAGAAGGUGAGGCCAGCUGUCAGGCAGCAUCAUCUGGCUUUGUGAAUGUAUGGCAUCCAGAUACUUAAAACACCUGAGCAUCCCAUAGAGGAAGGUUUGUGAGCCUCUCCAUGAGGAAGAAUAGGAAAUAUAGAUGGAAGAAAGCAAGACCACAGACAGGUAAAGGCUGGGCUUUCAAAAGAAGAUACCUGUAUUGGUGCCCUCUUUGUCAGCACAGAAGAUAGAUGACCAAGGGAAAUUAACAGGCAGUGUCUGCAUUUCAGCAAUAUCCUUGCAGGGCCAGGAGACCUGAAAAUCUCCCUUGUAAAUUAAAUAUGGAAAUAGCCUAUCAGUCAGUCAUAUGGCCAUGGUUGGCUUUAUGUAGAUCAACUAUGUUUGAUCCACUUAAAGCUUUAUUUUUAUUUCAAUAAAAUUAAUGGGCCAAUAGGUCAGUGCCGCUGCUCAUUAGGCUAACCCUCCACCUGUGGCGCCGGCACUCCAGGUUCUAGUCCCGGUUGGGGCACCAGUUCUGUCCUGGUUGCCCCUCUUCCAGUCCAGCUCUCUGCUGUGGCCCAGGAAAGCAGUGGAGGAUGGCCCAAGUGCUUGGGCCCUGCACCCGCAUGGGAGACCAGGAGAAGCACCUGGCUCCUGGCUUCGGAUCAGCGCAGCACGCCGGCUGUAGCAGCCAUUUUGGGGGUGAACCAAUGGAAGGAAGACCUUUCUCUCUGUCUCUCUCUCUCCUUGUCUAACUCUGCCUGUCAAAAAAAAAAGUAAUGGGCCAAUUAAGACCACAAUUUAAAAUAUCUUGCUUGGUAUGCUUGGUAGUGUUAAUAAUGUAAUUUCUCUGGACUACAGUUGAUUGUGACAAACCUUAAGACAUUUAGUGAACAUACAAUUUAAUUUAAAAUGCUGAUCAUAUGUAUACAUUUGUCUGAAAAAUUAAACAGUAAAUAUUGCAGGUUUUUUGAAUCCUCCCAAAAUUUUUGAAAACUAUUUUUGCCAUAUAGUAGCUAACAUAAAUUUCCAGCCAUCUACAGCCUGCCAGGCCAAUUUGAUCAUUUCUACCUGCUAUCUAUACCUUCUGAGGCUGCUUAACUAUUUUUAGAAGUAGUGUUGCUGAUAGUGCAAUAUAGCCUACAAGUUCAACCUCUGCCAAGCAUGUCAUCCAGGGCAAUUGACUUGGUGAGAAAAACCUUCCUGGUCACCUGGGCAGAUGUGUUUAGAAAGAAAUAUGAGCUGUCUAGUUAAGGUUACAGUGCUAUUUUUAGUAGGCAAUGAGGUUAAAUACCAACUGUACAGCUGACUAACUUUGUGAGGUUAUUGAAGGUUUGUGUUUACAAAUGCAAGUCACUGAAGUUCAUUUUUACAAUGAAAAUAAAGAUGUACUGAUACACACAAAUAGCAGGCAUCAGCCCUCUUCUUGUUGGUUUCUUUUAGGGGGGAAAGAGUGGAAAGAAACGCUGAGAGAAAAAGAACGAAAUUCAGACAUUUUCAACAUUUAAAGAAUUAUUCUUAGAACUGUCAAAAACUUAUGCAUGAUAGGAUGUUUUAUCACAGACUCUGGUACAGGACACUUCAGAGGAAUUAGAAAACUGCCAACAGAAUAUUUCUUAUGGGAGAGUGAAUGAGAAAGUGUAUGUUCAAAAAUAGAAAGCAAUGAAAUGGAAAUACUCCUAAAAUGAGUGUCGCGUCCCUUCCUUUCUAGCUUUCCUUAUUUUAAAAUUGUUCCUUCAGUCACCAAGUUACUUGAUGGCUUCUAAGCAGUAUUUAUCUUUGGUGAUCGAUAGCUUCAUCUCCCCCUGUUGUCCAAACUGAAAACAUCCAGCCUUCUAGAAACCGCCAGGCAUUGCCCUCCUCUGUUAUUUGUAAGCUGACAUGAGGUAGACAGACACCUUCUGAAGUUUUAUGCAUGCUGUUUUCUCUCCUUGCUACAAGAAAAGCCUUUUCUUUUAACCUGGCUGCCUUUGAAGAACUGGCUCAGACAUCUUCAUGGCCUCUAAAGAUGCACACAACCAAAGAAGUAGAGGUCAGCCCGGCUUUCUUCCUGGAGCUCCAGAUCCAGACCAAAGCUUCCGUGCCUCGUCAUCCGAUCCAGGGAAUCAAGUAUGGCAGCAAGGUGUUCCUUCACCAAGUAAUUUCCUGCCAGCCAUCAGUUUUCCUCCUGGUCUAGAAUAUUUAAGCCAGUUAGACCUGAUCAUUAUACACCAGCAGGUGGAGCUUCUUGGAAUGAUACUCGGUACUGAGACCUCCAACAAAUAUGAAAUUAAAAACAGCUUCGGACAAAGAAUUUACUUUGCAGUGGAGGAAAGCAUCUGCUUUAAUCGUACUUUCUGUUCCACACUGCGAUCUUGCACCCUGAGGAUCACAGAUAACUCUGGUCGAGAGGUGAUUACAGUAAACAGGCCCUUGAGGUGUAACAGCUGCUGGUGCCCUUGCUACCUACAAGAGUUAGAAAUUGAAGCCCCUCCUGGUACCAUAGUCGGUUAUGUUGCACAGAAGUGGGACCCUUUUCUGCCUAAAUUCACGAUUCAAAAUGCAAACAAAGAAGAUAUUUUGAGAAUUGUUGGUCCUUGUACAACAUGUGGCUGUUUUGGCGAUGUGGAUUUUGAGGUGAAAACCAUUAAUGAGAAGCUUACAAUUGGGAAGAUUUCUAAGUACUGGUCAGGAUUUGUAAAUAACGUCUUCACAAAUGCUGACAACUUUGGAAUUCAUGUUCCUGCAGACCUAGAUGUGAGGGUCAAAGCGGCGAUGAUCGGUGCUUGUUUUCUCUUUGAUUUUAUGUUCUUUGAACAUUCACUGGCUGGAUUAUAACAAGCAAGAUGACGAAAACAAUAAAAUAUGCAGAACAUAUUCCAAAAUCCCUUGGGCACUGGAUUUCAUUUCUGAAUGACUUGGGUAUUUGCUUUUUUGUAACAAAAUGUUAAUUAUUAUAUUUAUUAAAACAUGACUUAAUGAGGCAAUUAUCUAGUUGUGAAUGCAUGAUAGCUAAAUACAUGAUUACUGGUCUGAGCAUAAGGUUGCUUUGAGAGAUUACCAUUCUUUCUUUUCAUCCUUUUGAAGUUAUUGCAAUAGUAAGCAUGAAAGAUGAGAACUGAGGCUUGCAGCAUCACUGAUGAAAAUUCAAUGUUUAGAGAACACUUUGAAGUUUUUCUGGUACUGAGUCUGGUUACUAAUCAAAAGGACUGAAUUUCUGAAAUAUAUUUUCAAAAGAUGUCUUUUUUACUUUGUUUAUUAAUUUUCCUAUUGUACUGAGAUUUUUUUACUUUACAUAUGAAAACUUAAAAGUUGGGUAAAUAGUAUAGCUAAAGAUGAAGAGGAUUAGAUGAUAUCAAUUCAUUUUAGUGGCAAGAGGCACAGUUACAUUAUAUAAGAAAGCUAAUACCUACCAACCAAAUCAUGCUUUAAAUACUGACUCUUCUUGGAUAUUUAAAUAAGUAUAUAAAUAGACUUUUAAGUUAGCAAAUCCCAUUAUCUAGCAAAAAAGUUAUUUAUUUGCAGCAAAAUUUAAUAAAUUAACGGGUGUAAACUCAAAAAAAAAGAAAUUAAAUGGGCAACUCUAAGACUUAAAAACAUGCAAAUCAAACAAAUAAAGCCUUAAUCCAUGAGCAAAUGCAGAAGUAAAGGAGUAUAGUAAAUUCAGUUAGUUACUACUUCUUGAAUGUUUUUGGAGUCCUCCCUCCUAGUUAUGCUACCCUAGCUAUCAACAUAUUUUCUAAGCUUAUACACAGGGUAAAUUUCUUUUUUUAUGAAUGACAAUAUUUAUUCCCCCUUUUCAUUACUUUUUUAAAAAAGAUGUUUUUAUUUAAAAAGCAGAGAAGCAGAGAAGGGGGGUGGAGAGAGAAAGAGAGAUAGAGAGAGGGAGAGGAAGAGGGAGGGAUGGAGUGUGGGGGGAGAGAGAGAGAGAGAAAGAAGCUUCCAUCCACUGGCUCAUACCCCAAAUGACUACAACAGCCAGGUUUGAGUAAGGUCAAAACUAGAAGUCAGGAACUCCAUUUGACUUCAAAGUGGGUGACAGGAGCCCAAGUACUUUGGCAAUCAUCUUAUGGUUCCCAGGCUUAUUAGCAGGAAGCAGGAUCAGAAACAAUAGGAAAGGUACUAUGUGGUAUUUAGGUUCUAAUUUAAAAUAGUACAAACCCUACCCAAAUUUCCAUGCACAUGGAAGUGUUUGAAGAAAUUCCAAGAAACCCUCUGCUUAUAAAAGGGAAUGUAUUCCAAGUACCUGUUAUUAAGUCAAUAGUUGGAAAUUAGGAACCAAUAAUCUCCUAGCAACAGCAUUACUUUGGUUGCUUCCCAAAGAAUCUACAAAUACCUAUUCAGUUCCGGUUUCUAGCAUAAGGGCUUUAUGUUGCAUAAGAUUAAAAGGAAAGAACCUCUUCCCCAUUUUCUGGUUCAGUUUCCCUUAGCAUUCUUUGUCCUUGCUGUACACCUCAUCUUUUCUUUUUUUAAUUUCUUUAUUUUAAAAACUGAAAUAUAAUUGAUAUUCAUCUUUUCUGAUAGCUCCUUUCUAUGGCAUGGAAAAUGAUGCAUCGCUUCCAUCAACCACAAAAGAACUAUUUGGAACAGAAUAAGUUCUAAUCCCUAAAAUAAGUAAACAUACAAAAAAAUUUGUAUUUCAAAAUCACACACAACCUUUUACCCAGUCUAUUAUCCAUCUCUUCAGCAUAACUAGUAUCACCCGCAUGUUGGAGCCAUGCAGGCAUGGACGGGAACUCACUCAUCCUGUGAGUGAUGGAAUCACCUGGAACCUGACUUGCUGUCUGGUAGCCAUGCUUCCUACACCUGUAGGCUUGGGCAGGUGUAGUGGCACAAUGGGUUAAGCCUCAGCAUGGGAUGCCUACGUCCUAUUUUGCAUUGCCUGGGUUCCAGUCCUGCCUCUGCUUAUCCAGCUUCUUGUUGACAGGCACCUUGGGAAGCUCCUGGCACCUGGCUUCAAACUGACCCAGCCCAAGCUCAUGUAGGCAUUUGCGGAGUGAAUCAGUCAAUGGAAGAUCGAUCUCUCUCUCUCUCUCUGUCUCUCUCUCUCUCAAAUUAAAAUUGAAAUAAACCUGCAGACUUUCUAAGACUCUUCAGUUUUCCCAUGUUACCUGGCAGAGCUGUGGUGAUCAUUAGGGGAAACUUACCACAUCCUCCACUUCUGCUUAACCCAUUUCAACUAAAGUGUGUCAGAUUUUUGGUCAAUUAUAACAAGCUAAAGGAAAUGACUUUGUUUUUUAAACAAAUAUUUAUUUAUUUAUUUAUUUAUGUGUUUAUUUAUUUGGACAAUAAAAGUAACAUAGAGAGAGAAGAGACACAGAGAGAGAUCUUUCAUCUUCUGGUUCAUUCCCUAAAUGGCCAAAACAGCUGGGGCCCGAACAGGCCAGAGUCAAGAACUGGAACCCAUCUGAGUCUCCCAUGCGGGUGUUUUUCCAGGUGCAUUAUCAGGAAGCUGGAUGGGAAGUGGAGGAACCAGGACUCCUCUGGUGCUCAUAUGGGAUUCUGGCAUUGUAGGCAGCAGCUUAACCUGCUUCACCACAGCACCAGCCCAGCAAUGACAUCUUUAAAAUGGAUGCUUACUAACUAUGGAAAUGGCCAUCUACAGUGAACGUUUCCUGAGGACUUCUUAAGAACUCUGUCUAGUGUAAAGAAAUGAAAGGAUAACAAAGCAAAAUCAGACAGUAUGUCUGACCCUGUCUGUGGGGAGCAACCGGACUAGACUGAGUUACUGGAAUUAAGACUUAUUCUAUGCAUCUGCUCUCCCACAAUAUGGCGCUGGGAGAGAAGUAAACAGCUUCCACACAGCUGCCUCCAGUUCAACUAAUAAACUGUAGGACUUGCUCCUAAUUGGAGGAGAGCAGCGUACUCGGCGUGUGGGCAGCCGAGUUAGGAUUGGCGGAGGAGGACUAUAAAGGAGGAGAGAAACGGCAUGCACCGGGAACAUCUAAGGGGAACAUCUAAGGGGAACACCUGUGCAGCCCCCGAGAAAGCCGGCCGGCGGUGUGCCGCUCCCCUGCGGAAGUGGGGAAUGUGGCCAGGGGGAACUGCCCUUCCACGGAGGUGGAAGGGAUAGUAGCCAACCCGGGAAGAACCAGCAGCAAACCCGGGGAGGGCCGAGCAGACAGAAAGAACAGCGCAGGGUCCUGUGUUGCUCCUCCACGAAGAGGGGGAGCGACAUAAUGGUGCCGUGACUCGGAUUAGGAAACCUAGCUCGGAUAGGAAACGUGACUCGGAUUAGGAAACCUAGCUCGGAUAGGAAACGUGACUCGGAUUAGGAAACCUAGGGCGGAUAGGAAACUUAGGAGGGAAGAAACGUGACUCGGAUAGGAAACUUAGGACGGAUAUGAAACUUAGGAGGGAAGAAACGGGAAGAACUAGGGAAAAUAUCGGAGAGAGAAACUAGCAAACAGCCUAGGGAAAAGCCGGACGAAAAAGGAGCCGGAAGAAGCUAUUGAAAGCCUAGGCAUAGACUCGAAACAGCCUAGGGAAAAGCCGGACGAAAAAGGAGCCGGAAGAAGCUAUUGAAAGCCUAGGCAUAGACUCGGAUACGGACUACGGGGGGAAGCUGGGAGAAAUCUCUAAGGUCGAAAGCGAAAGUGAAAGCUAGAACAAACAGACUCGGACGCGGACUGUGGGGAGAGGCCAGGAGAAAUGAGGGAGGAAUAUCGUUGGAGGAAAGUUUGGGGAAACAUACCGGGUAGAGAAAAAUGUUAGGGAAAUUGAAGCCGUGGGGGGCAGGCCAAGGCGGACACGAAAGCCACUUUGGGAUUCUCAAGUUAGCCCGGGAAUAGGGGGCGAAAAGUUGAAACCAGAAGCUGAAACGUGAGCCUGGUUGGGAUCCGUCUGAUUAGCCCGGGGAGCAAAGGACGGGGAAGCCAAACCGUGGGGCGGAGACGUACGCUGGGUUGAAUUCGCCAGGCUAGCCCGGGGAACUUAGAUUGAAUGCUAGUGGCGGACACGUAAGCUACGCUGUGUUACUCACGGAAGCCGCCGCGUGCAGAGAGAGCACGGGGCGUGAAUAGAUAGGGAACGGGGCUGGCGCGAGGCCGUGGUUCAGACGCGAAAGGGUUAAGCGCGGAGACCGCGGAGUGUGCGCGCAAAGCCGAGCCGCGCCGAGCCGCGCAGAGCCGCGAAGCCGCACAGAUGAGAGAGGCGCGGGCUGAAGCGGCGCAGAGCCGGGAAGCUGCCGGCAGGGCGAGGCGCCGGGAAGCUGCAGGGAUAAGAGAAAUAGAAGUUUAGAAAUAAAAUGAGAGAAAUAAGAAUGUUGGCAGACAGAAGUAAAAUGGGAGAAAUAGGAAUGCCCGGAGAUAGAGAAAUAGAGAAAUAGAAAGGCCUCCCUACAACACUGCAAUGUGAGAGCUUGGAUUCGGUCUGCCCGAUUAGUGAGGCGAUGAGCACCUGGGCGGCUAGCAGCUUAUGCGCCGCAGGUCACCGAAGACAGGCACGAAUUAACAUCAGUAAGGCCUCCCCACAAAAAGGCAAUGAGAAGGCUUGGAUUCGGUUUGCCUGAUAGGUUUUGUAAGCCCCUGCGGGCAGAGCAGAGCAUGCGCUGCAGGGCACCGAACACAGGCACGCAUCAGCGCCUAAAAACCUCCUCACAAUGGCGAAGAGAGGACCCGGAUUCGGUUUUCCUGAUUGAUAGGACUUGUAAGAGCCUGUGGCAACUCUAGCAAGUAGAGCAGAGUGUGUGCCGCGGGACACCGAAGACAGGCGCGUAUCAACGCCAAAAAAAUAAAAAGAAAGGGGGAUCUGUGGGGAGCAACCGGACUAGACUGAGUUACUGGAAUUAAGACUUAUUCUAUGCAUCUGCUCUCCCACAAUAUGGCGCUGGGAGAGAAGUAAACAGCUUCCACACAGCUGCCUCCAGUUCAACUAAUAAACUGUAGGACUUGCUCCUGAUUGGAGGAGAGCAGCGUACUCGGCGUGUGGGCAGCCGAGUUAGGAUUGGCGGAGGAGGACUAUAAAGGAGGAGAGAAACGGCAUGCACCGGGAACAUCUAAGGGGAACAUCUAAGGGGAACACCUGUGCAGCCCCCGAGAAAGCCGGCCGGCGGUGUGCCGCUCCCCUGCGGAAGUGGGGAAUGUGGCCAGGGGGAACUGCCCUUCCACGGAGGUGGAAGGGAUAGUAGCCAACCCGGGAAGAACCAGCAGCAAACCCGGGGAGGGCCGAGCAGACAGAAAGAACAGCGCAGGGUCCUGUGUUGCUCCUCCACGAAGAGGGGGAGCGACACCUGUCCUGCUGCCACACCCUGCACCCCUGCUCUACAUUCCAAUUUUUCUUCCUAAAGAUGAUCCCGCUUUCAUGUUUUGAUUUGAAAAACAAGAGUUUUUGUAACUGAGUCGUAACAGCAAAAGCUAAGACUUUCACCAUGGUCAGGAAUAGAAAAAAGACAUUAUUGGUAAAUGCUGCAUUUUUACAGGACAAACUACUUGGGAGUUUUAAAUGAACCCUAGAACGAUUGGAGGAGCUGGCGGUGGGGCACAGCAGGUUAACGCCUGGACUGAAGUGCCAGCAUCCCAUAUGGGCGCCGGUUGGAGACCCGGCUGCUCCACUUCCAAUCCAGCUCUCUGCUAUGGCCCAUGAAAGCAGUAGAAGAUGGCCCAAGUCCUUGGGACCCUGCACCUGUGUGAGAGACCAGGAAGAAGCUCCUAGCUCCUGGCUUUGGAUGGGCUCAGCUCCGGCUGUUGCGGCCAGUUGGGGAGUGAACCAGCAGAUGGAAGACCUCUCUCUCUUGCUCUCUCUGCCUCUUCUCUCUCUGUGUAACUCUGAAUUUCAAAUAAAUAAAUAAAUCCUUUAAAAAAAAAAAAAAAAAAGAACAAUAUUGGCCGGCGCUGUGGCUCACUAGGCUAAUCCUCCACCUUGUGGCGCCGGCACACCAGGUUCUAAUUCCCAGUCGGGGCACCGGAUUCUGUCCCGGUUGCCCCUCUUCCAGGCCAGCUCUCUGCUGUGGCCUGGGAGUGCAGUGGGGGAUGGCCCAAGUGCUUGGGCCCUGCACCCCAUGGGAGAUCAGGAGAAGCACCUGGCUCCUGGCUUCGGAUCAGCGCGGUGCGCCGGCUACAGCACGCCGGCCGUGGCAGCCAUUGGAGGGUGAACCAACAGCAAAAGGAAGACCUUUCUCUCUGUCUCUCUCUCUUACUGUCCACUCUGCC